AUGGGUGCAUACAAGUACAUCCACGAGCUGUGGAGGAAGAAGCAGUCUGAUGUCAUGAGCUUUCUUCUGAGGGUCCGCUGCUGGCAGUACCGCCAGCUCUCUGCUCUCCACAGGGCUCCCCGCCCCACCCGGCCCGAUAAAGUGCACCAACUGGGCUACAAGAUCAAGCAAGGUUAUGUUAUAUACGGGAUUCGUAUUCUCCGUGACGGCCGAAAAUGCUCAGUUCCUAAGGGUGCAACUUACGGCAAGCCUGUCCAUCAUGGUAUUAACUGAAGCCUACAGUUGAUUGCAGAGGAGUGAGUUGGACGCCACUGUGGGGCUCUAAGAGUCCUGAAUUCUUACUGGAUGGGUGAAGAUUCCACACACAAAUUUUUUGAGGUUAUCCUCAUUGAUCCAUUCCAUAAAGCUAUCGGAAGAAAUCCUGACACCCAGUGGAUCACCAAACCAGUCCACAAGCACAAGGAGAUGUGUGGCCUGGCAUGUGCAGGCCAAAAGAGCCAUGGCCUUGGAAAGGGCCGUAAGUUCCACCACACUAUUGGUGGUUCUUGCCGGGCAGCUUGGAGAAGGCGCAAUACUCUCAAUCUCCGCUGUUACCACUAAUAUAAGUAAAGUUCGUAAAACUCAUACCUAAUAAACAAUUUAGGACAGUCAAAAAAAUUACUAAGAUUUUUGAGCCAGGUGCAGUGGCUCAAGCCUGUAAUCCCAGCACUUUGGGAGGCCGAGGCUGGCAGAUCACCGAAGGUCAGGAGUUCGAGACCAGCCUGGCCAACAUGGCGAAACCCUGUCUCUACUAAAAAUACAAAAAUUAGCUGGGUGUGGUGGUGCACAAGUGUUAUUCCAGCUACUCAGGAGGUGGAGGCAGGAGAACCGCUUGAACCCGGGAGGCAGAUGUUGAAGUGAGCUGAGAUUGCGCCACUGCACUCCAGCCUGGGUGAUAGAGUCAGACUCCAUCACAAAAAAAAAGAAAAAAAGAAAAGAAAUUAUUAACAUUUUUGAAUCAGCACUCUAUUAUCAUUGUUUAUACAUCAAAACUAUAAGUAGGCAUGCAGUGGAAAGUCUCUCUCCCACUUCUGGACCUAUUCACAAUAUUCCCAAUCCCUCCUUCUCAAUAGGUAAUGGCUAUAAAUUAAUAUCUUCUUUAUCCUUCCAGAAUUCUUCACGCACAUGUCCUUACAUGUAUACUUUCUCUCGUCUCAAGAUAAAUGCCAUAGACUGCGUGUCUUUUUGCAGAAUCUCUUGCAAGACUCUGUGAACACAGUGAGAAAACAUGGACCCAGGAACUGUGUUCCUUACAUUCAGCUGGAGCUGAGUCUGCAAGUCCCAGUGCAUGCCAAUAAAGAAAGUUCUGCAGGCCAGGUGUGGCGGCCCAUGCCUGUAAUCCUACCACUUUGGGAGGUCAAGGUGGGCAGAUCAACUGAGGUCAGGAGUUCAAGACCAGCCUGGCCAAUAUGGUGAAACCAUGUCUCUACUAAAAAUACAAAAAAUUAGCCGGGCAUGGUGGCAUGCACCUGUAAUGCCAGCUACUCAGGAGGCUGAGGCAGGAGAAUCACUUGAACCCGGGAGGCGGAGGUUUCAGUGAGUCGAGAUUGUGCUAGCCUAGGCGACAGAGCGAGACUCCGUCUCAAAAAAAAAAAAAGGAAAGCUCUGCAGAGUUCUCCAGGGUUACACUCUGUUCUCUGCACUACACCCCCAACUUUUUUUUUUUUUUUUUUUUUGAGACGGAGUUUCACUCUUGUUGCCCAGGCUGGAAUGCAGUGGUGUGAUCUCGGCUCACCGCAACCUCCACCUCCCAGGUUCAAGCAAUUCUCCUGCCUCAGCCUCCCGAGUAGCUGGGAUUACAGGUGUGUGCCACCAUGCCUGGUUAAUUUUGUGUUUUUUAGUACAGACAGGGUUUCACCAUGUUGGCCAGGCUGGUCUCAAACUCCUGACCUUGUGAUCCGCACGCCUGGCCUCCCAAAGUGCUGGGAUUACAAGCGUGAGCCACUGCACCCGGCCUGCAUUGCCCUUUUUAAUUUUUGAUCACCAUUUAUUAAGUUACAAAGAGCCAGGCCCAGUGCUGCGCUAAGCACUUUACAUAUUUGGCAUGUUUUCUCUUUUUUACUCCUUCCAGCAGCCAGGGCCUAUGAACUUACAGAAGGCAUGAUGCCUAAGGCCCACAAUACUUUUAGGGCCCCAUGAAAAUGUUUUACUUCUUUUAAAAUCAGAAGAAAAAAUAAACAUAACCCUGCCUUUAUUACAUAUAUAUAUUAUCUUUAGUUUUUAGUUUUUGGUAUUUUUGAGCAGGAGCUCUGGUGCCCAGGCUGGAGUGCAGUGGCACAAUCAUGGCUCACUGCAGCCUUGACCCCCUGGGCUCAGGCAGUCUUCCCACCUCAGCCUCCCGAGGAGCUGGGACCACAGGUACAUGCCACCACUUCCGGCUAAUUUUUAUUUUUUUUAUUUUUUGUAGAGAAAGGGUCUUGCCAUGUUGCCCAGGCUGUUCUUGAACUCUUGGGAUGAAGUAAUUCACCCACCUUGGCCUCCCAAAGUGCUGGGAUUUCAGGCAUGAGCCACUGCACCAGGCCUUGUUAUAUUCAUCCUUAUACUAACAUGGUCAUAAAAUAUGAUUUAAAACACUUUUUUCUUAUGGAGGAAUUAACCCACCAAAAAAAUCCAUGUGACUGAAUGUGGUGCCGGGUGCCUGUAGUCCCAGCUACCAGGAGGCUGAGGCAAGAGAAUCACUUGAACCUGGGAAGCGGAGGUUGCAGUGAGCCAAGAUCAUGCCACUGUACUUCAGCCUGGGUGACAAAGUAAGACUCUGUCUCAAAAAAAAAAAAAAAAGGCCAGCAGUCGCUCACACUUGUAAUCCCAGCACUUUGGGAGACCAAGACGGGUGGACCACCUGAGGUCAGGAGUUCGAGACCAGCCUGGCCAACAUGGUGAAACCCCGACUCUACUAAAAAUACAAAAAAUUAGCUGGGCAUGGUGGCGGGUGCCUGUAAUCCCAGCUACUCGGGAGGCUGAAGCAGGAAAAAUCAGUUGAACCCAGGAGGCGGAGGUUGUAGUGAACCAAGACUGUGCCACUGUACUCCAGCCUGGGCAAUAAGAGCAAAACUCUGUCUCAAAAAGAAAAAAAAAAAAAAAAAAAUCAUAAUGUGGCCAAACCAGCAACCCUAUGACAUGGGUACUAUUGCUAUGCAGUUUAUCCAAGGGAGGAAACUAAAGUCUGAGAAGUGAUUUAGCCCAGGUCAGGUGGCUGGAAGGGGUGGGAACACGGACUUGAACCCAAGCCUAGUGACUCUAAAGCUCUUAUGCUAGGCCACUCAGCUGAAGAGACUCCAGUCAGCACUUUCCUAUGGAAGGGACGUGUUUGGUCACAACUGGGAAGUUGUACCCCACAAAAAGAAGGCUCUGGGGAAAUGUGAUACAGUCUUCACAUAUUUUAAGGGCUGUCAUGUGGAAAAGGAUUAGCUCUUUUGUGUUACUUCCCAGAGCUGAGCUAGGAUAGGUGGGGUGUGUUGCAGGAAAGGUAGGGUGUGUGUGUGUGUGCGCGCGCGCACGCGUGUGCGUGUGUCUCACUCUGUUACCCAGACUGGAGUGCAGUGCAGUGAUCGCCACUCACUGCAACCUCCGCCUCCUGGGUUCAAGUGAUUCUCCUGCCUCAGCCUCCCGAGUAGCUGGGACUACAGGCAGGCACUACCACACCCAGCUAGUUUUUGUAUUUAUAGUAGAGAUGGGGUUUCGCAAUGUUGGCCAGGCUGGUCUCUGGCUCCUGACCUUAGGUGAUCCGCCCUACUCAGCCUCCCAAAGUCCUGGGAUCACAGGCGUGAGCCACCGGGCCCCACCAGGAAAGUAGAUUUUGGCCCAGUGAUAUAACAAACUUACUGGAUGUGAUAAGCCCACUGUCAAUGGUGGUUUAUUCUUAAGAUCAAAGAUGUGGAGUUUGACCCCAGUCACAGACAAGAGCAUUGUAAACAAGGCUGUAUUGCAGGGGAUUGCUGCCUUGGGAGGGGAGUUGGACACGAAUUUGAUGAAUUUUUAUGUCCCUUUCAACUCUAAGAUUCUAUGUUUGCAGGGCCCAGCACGGUGGCUCACGCCUGUAAUCCCAGCACUUUGGGAAGCCAAGGCGGGCAGAUCACCUGAGGUCGGGAAUUGGAGACCAUCCUGGCCAACAUGGUGAAACCCCGUCUCUACUAAAAAUACAAAAUUAGCUGGGCAUGGUGGCGUACUCCUGUAAUCCCAGCUAGUCAGGAAGCUGAGGCAGGAGGAUCACUUAAAGCCGGGAGGCAAGGGUUGCAGUGAGCCUGGAUAGCACCAUUGCACUCCAGUCUGGGUGACAAAGCGAGACUCUGUCUCAGAAAAAAAAAAAACAAAAAAAAACAACUAUGGUUGCAAAUAGCAGCAGCUCAGCAGUGUAGAGUUGAAUUCCCCACCAAACCAAUUUUACCAAUUGUUAUUGAGCCUUUUUAUGUACCAUUGGUGGGAGUAUGAAUGGAUACUCUUUUGAAAGUGUUAUUUGGCAGUAUUUAUUAAAAUUUAGGCUGUUUGGGCCGGGCGCAGUGGCUCACGCCUGUGAUCCCAGUACUUUGGGAGGCUGAGGCGGGCAGAUCAACUAAGGUCAGGAGUUCGAGACCAGCCUGACCAACAUGGUGAAACUCUGUCUCUACUAAAAACUACAAAAAGUAGAGCCAGGCGUGGUGGCUCACACCUGUAAUUCCAGCACUUUGGGAGGCUGAGGCGGGCAGAUCACCUGAGGUUGGUUGUUCGAGACCAGCCUGACCAACAUGGAGAAACCCCGUCUCCACUAAAAAUACAAAAUUAGCUGGGCGUGGUGGCACAUACCUGUAAUCCCAGCUAUUCGGGAGGCUGAGGCAGGAGGAUUACCUGAAUCUGGGAAGCGGAGGUUGUGGUGAGCAGAGAUGGCGCCAUUGUACUACAGCCUGGGAAGCAAGAGCAAAACUCCGUCUCAAAAAAAAAAAAAAAAAAAACUACAAAAU